UUGACGAAGACCUACAACUUUGAAACUAAUCUUAUUUCAUCUUAUUUUAGUCUUUAAAAAUAGAUACGACAGCAGGAAAAGCAAUAGUUUGUGCCACCCAGGAUCGAUUUUAUUUUAAUUUGGACACCUGGAGAACUCUCUUUCGUCUUAGAAUGAAGAAUAUUAUGGUUAAAUGGGCAGAUAACACGUUCAUUUCUUGAUGUACCUUUCUCGUGAACUCUAGACUGUAGAAGAUAUAACUAAGUUCCCUGGUAACUGCGGUUUAAAGCUGAUUUUAAUUUCAAAAUAGUUUAUAUGUGUAUAGCUCUAUCUCGCAAGGUGUUCUAGGAGAUAUUUUAUUUUUAUAUUUCUGAUUUUAUUUUGUUGUACAUUCUUGAAGGAAGCCACCAUGCGAAUUGUGUCUACAUUAUUUAAUCGUUUAAGAAUUACAAAAUUUCGCUGCAUCAUCUUGAUUCUGACAUCAGUAGUGCUCUUCAACGAAUGGCUCUCCUACACCAUGUGUGCCAUGAAUUGGCCGGUUCCAGAGGAUGUGAAAGAGGAGCAUGUAAAGGUGCUUAUUGCAGCUGACCCCCAGAUCCUGAGCACGGACUCCGAGCCUGGCUUCCCCUUCAACUAUAUCGCUGUCUGGGAUGCUGACAGGUUUGUAAGUCGAGGGUUCCAGCUUGCUCUGUGGAGAACCAGGCCCCAGGUGGUGAUUUUCCUGGGAGACGUUUUAGAUGAUGGCAGCACCAGCAGUGAUGAAGGCUUCAGGGCUAAAGCCGAACACUUCAAAAACCUCUUGCGCAUUCCUGAUUAUGUUGAGCGCACUAUAUAUGUACCUGGUGAUAACGACAUAGGUGGUGAAGGGAUGGACGAAGUGACGCCAAACAAAGUCAGCAGGUUUUUCUCAGCAUUCAAGCAGACAGAAGUUGACUCAUUCAAAUUCAUAGAUUUUAUUCAGAUUCGCAUUAUGGACGCAUACGGGAAUGAGACCCAACCUCUACCAGAAGAUAAGAACAGAAUGCGGAUACUUCUAUCACACAUGCCUCUCCUGCCCAUCACAAGGAAAACAAUUAAGGAGACAAUAAUUGGGCAUCAUCCCUCUUUAAUAUUUUCGGGUCAUGAGCACGAGUCAUUCCACUUUAUUGGUAAAAAAGACGUUGCCAGAGCAGAGGAAUUCUGGCCCCUCCGAGACAAUGAUAGCAUCUGGAAGAUUGAGACCGUCACUGAGAAACUGCAUGAGGUCACUGUUCCUACCUGUUCGUACAGAAUGGGCAAGAAGAGUUAUGGUUACGGCUCAGCUGUGAUUGGAAAGUCAGGCCUUGUCCACUACAAUGUCUUAUGGCUGCCCUCUCGUUUCCUGCAGUUGGGGCUGUAUAUUCUUAGUCUCGUGGCUGUGUUUCUGUUCACCUUGCCCUCCCUGCUGCCCUGGCUCAAAGCUCAUGUCGUUAAGCUGUGCAAAGCGUGUGCUGUUGGUCUCGUCAGUUUAGGUCCCAAGUACCAUCGUGUAUAGACAUUUAGAUGGUUUUUUUUCCCUUUUUUUGUAUGAUUUUUAA